AUAAACUUAUUAAAUAGAGUUCAAUUGUCAUGUAUCAUCACUCAUUGCGACCAAAAGAUGGAGAAUACACUAAGGUGGUGUACAAUCUAAUCAAAGAGCAGAAAUACGCCGAAGUAGUUAAGAUUCUUACUUCUGAAUUGAAUAUGAAUGGAAGAUCACGAGCUGCGUUAUCGAUUUUGGGUUAUUGUACCUAUCAAAUGCAACAUUAUGAGGAUUCUGUGGUCUACUAUAAACGACUGGUAGAUUUAUGUCCGAAUAAUGAACACUAUUUGAUGUAUCUAGCGCAGUCUCAAUAUAAGGCGUGCAGUUAUCAAGAUGCCAUGAAUACAGCUGUACAACUUGAUGACGGAAACUCGGAAUUGGCAGCAGAAGUUAAGAAACUGCAAGCAGCCAUCAAAUAUGGCGAGGGUGACAUCCAAUCUGCUAAAGGAUUGGUUGAGCAGAGUUCUUCUGGUGACGCCGACAAGCAUGUGAACUAUGGCUGCAUCCUUUUCAAGGAGGGCAAAUUUGACGACGCGCUGAAGCAUUUUUUGGACGCGCACAACAUACAGGGAUUCAAACCUGACCUCUGCUACAACAUAGCCUUGUGCUACUACAAGAAAACUGACUACGCGCAGUCUUUGAGGUUUCUCUCUGAGAUUAUAGAAAGGGGAAUCAAAGAUCACCCCGAGUUAAGUGUCGGAAUGGCGACGGAGGGGUUGGAAAUCAGAAGUGUGGGAAAUACGUUGGCUCUACAGGAAACCGCACUGGUGGAAGGAUUCAACCUGAAAGCGGCCAUUGAGUUUCGCCUGAAGAACAACGAAGGGGCCGUUGAGGCACUGACUGACAUGCCCCCUCGCUCGGAGGAAGAACUUGACCCUGUCACUCUUCACAAUCAGGCACUGAUCAACUUCGAGUCCGAGCCGACCUCUGGCUUCGAGAAGUUCCAGUUCUUGAUCCAGCAGGCAGAUUUCCCCCCGGAAACACUGGCAAAUCUGCUGAUAAUGUAUGUCAAAUAUGACUACUUGGACUUGGCGGCCGAUUUGCUAGCGGAGAAUAAUGAUAUUCUUACUCAGAAGGACAACCCCUACCUGACUCCGUGGAUGUUGGACUUCUUCGAGGCAGUGUUAAUGGCGGAGACUUCUCCCGAAGAUGCAUAUGCGAAGUUCGAUGACAUGAAUGCACGCAUCACAGAUGACUUGAGGAAAGUUACCAAGUUGGUGCAGGACUACAGACAGAAUAGAGAGGACGAAAAAGUGCAGAAGACGAUCAAAGAGUACGAUGAGAAACUGGACAUGUAUCUUCCAGUGCUGAUGCAGCAGGCCAAGAUAUUCUGGGACCGGAAGAACUACCCCCAAGUGGAGAAGAUAUUCAGGAAGUCGGUGGAGUUCCUGAAUGACAAUGAUGUGUGGAAAGUGAAUGUCGCUCAUGUUUUAUUCAUGCAAGAGGGAAAAUACAGCGACGCAAAAGGUUUCUACGAGUCACUGGUGAAAACAGUUCAAGCCAGACGGGAACCCCUCCUCUCCUGCAGUGCAAUCAUACCUGCCAAUCUGUGCGUCUGUUACAUAAUGACCAGUCUGAAUGAACACGCGGAAGAGAUGAUGCAGAAGAUUGAGCGGGAGGAGGAGCAAGCUGCGUAUGAGGAGCCGGAGAAGAAGAUUUAUCAUUUCUGUAUCAUUAAUUUGGUCAUUGGAACGCUGUACUGCGCAAAAGGCAACUACGAGUUCGGCAUCGCUCGUAUGAUGAAGGCAUUGGAACCCUUCAGUAAGAAGCUAGGUACUGACACCUGGUUCUACACCAAGAGAUGCUUCCUCUCUCUGCUGGAGAAUCUGGCCAAACACAUGCUAGUGCUGAAGGACGAAGUGUUCGUAGAGUGCAUCAAGUUCCUAGACGCAGCCGAAGCCAAUGGACGCAACCUGAAAGCGUACCACGAGGGACCCCUUCUCACAGAUGAAGACAAGAAUGACCCAAUGAGAGAUGGAAGGAACACUAUCACAUUCGAAGCUAGAUAUCUUAAGUGGCUCUUCUAUGAGUUGAGGGAUGGUUUCAACUACAAUAUAUGUCCAUUGUAGAUGUAUUUGAAAUUGUGAAAAAUAACGGCUCUUUUCCAUUAUAGCCCCCCCCCCCCCACCAAGUCGAAUAACAAAUUUUAUAGGCCCAACGAAGUAGGUUUUUGCAUUAUGAAAAGGUGAGCUAUAAUGAGGAAAGAUCCUAAAAAAUUGUACAAAUAAACCAACGCAAUAGUGUACAAAGGUGUUUUAACUGAUUUAAAAUAGUUGUAAUGAGUUGAAUUGUUAGAUCCAGAAAAUUCAUGGUGAAUAAAUUCCCCUAUGUAAAUUGAAUAUAAAAUUUGUAUAGCAAUAUGUCCAAACCGUUUAAAAGCUGUUUUAACGAUUUUGAUCG